AUGACAACAAAUGAUAAACAAGUUGAAUCAACUCAAAAAAAACAAAUGGUAAAAGAAAAUUCAUAUGGCAGUGACUGGAGAAAGAUAAAAGAUGAACUUGGUUGUAAUAGAAGCCUUGAACAAAUUAGAAAAUGUGCUCGCCAUUUAAAUUUAAAUAAACCAAAAAGAACAAGAAAAACAGUAAAUAAUAAUACUUCUAGUAAUAAAACACCUAAUAAGAAAACAAAGAUAAAAGCCACAACACCUAAUACUACACCAACUAAAGCUAGAUCACGAUUAAUUCCAAUUUUACCAGCUGCUAUUAAAAUAGGACCAGAUUAUCAUUCUGUUUAUACUUAUUUAUCAUGGUCAUUGAAAUAUAAUAGUAGGGAUUUGAUUGAUGAAAGGAUGGACAUUGGCGAGAAACCCGAAUUAACUAGUAAAGGCAAGGUUAUACUAAAGAGUUUUAUCGAUCAUUUAAUAAACAAUACAAAUGAAUUGUUUACACAAAGACAAAGAAAAUUUAUUAUGCAGAAAUUAUACUUGCUUAAACAAGCACUUACACCAGGUGGAAACGAAAAAAUCACUAUAGGAUCAUCAACUCCAAGUAAUCCAUUAUCAAUACCAUCUGAUUUACUUAAAUCCGUUUAUAAAUAUUAG